AUCGGGUUAGGUUGUUAGAAAGUUAAUGGCUGGGGGAAAGAGAUCCUCCUCAACCCUCGCUUCGGGAGAGUUUCUGGAUUCCCUGAAGUAAAAUAACGCGAAUAUCCCGAAAGAAAGAGCCUGGACGGACGUUAAGUCAACAACUAGCUCGGGAACACACGCAUCGUGAACAUAAGUAUGCAGGAUGCAGUAGCCGGGACGGCAAUGCUGACGGACGGCUUCGAGGACGAGAUUGACUCGGUGACUCCUCGCUCCCCAGUGGCAGGGAUGGGGGUAGGAGCGACACCAGGAGGAGUCGGACUGGGGGGCAUUGGGAUUGGUGUAGGUGGAAAGAAAGUACGUUUGUACGGCGAACCAGGCGGGCCUGCUGCAGAAAGACUGGAUUUCAAACUAGCGGCUGCGGCCGUCCUCUCAUCGGGUCCAGGAUCCGGCAGCGACGAGGACGAGGUUUCAGAGGUGGAGUCAUUCAUAUUGGACCAGGAGGACCUGGAUAACCCCAUCAUGAAGACAGCGUCAGAGUUGCUUUUAUCCAGCGCCACAGAUGGAGUAGAUUUGAGGACUGUUGAUCCAGAGACACAGGCCCGACUCGAAGCUCUACUGGAAGCUGCAGGCAUCGGUAAACUGUCCACUGCCGAUGGUAAAGCUUUUGCAGACCCCGAGGUGCUACGAAGACUGACGUCAUCGGUGAGUUGUGCCCUGGACGAAGCCGCUGCAGCCCUGACCCGCAUGAGAGCUGAAAACACACUCAACGCUGGCCAAGCGGACAAUCUGGUUAUUUUCAGCCGUAGUUUAGCAGAGGCGUGCUCAGAUGGAGAUGUCAACGCUGUGCGCAAACUGCUGGAUGAGGGACGGAGCGUAAACGAACACACGGAGGAAGGGGAGAGCCUGCUUUGCCUCGCCUGCUCGGCUGGCUACUAUGAACUUGCACAGGUUUUGUUGGCUAUGCAUGCCAAUGUGGAGGACCGGGGAAUCAAGGGAGACAUAACACCACUCAUGGCUGCUGCCAGCGGAGGUUAUGUGGACAUUGUCAAACUGCUUCUGGUCCAUGGAGCAGAUGUUAACGCACAAUCCUCCACAGGAAACACAGCUCUGACGUACGCAUGUGCCGGUGGCUUUGUGGAUGUGGUUAAAGUGCUACUAAAAGAGGGUGCUAACAUUGAGGACCACAAUGAGAACGGACACACGCCUCUAAUGGAAGCAGCCAGUGCAGGCCAUGUGGAGGUGGCUAGGGUACUUUUGGAGUAUGGCGCAGGAAUCAACACACACUCCAAUGAGUUUAAGGAGAGCGCUCUCACUCUCGCCUGCUACAAAGGUCACCUGGAUAUGGUGCGAUUUCUGUUGGAAGCCGGGGCAGACCAGGAACAUAAAACAGAUGAGAUGCACACAGCGCUGAUGGAGGCCUGCAUGUCCCAGGACGGCCAUGUGGAGGUGGCACGGCUGCUGUUGGACAGCGGCGCGCAGGUCAACAUGCCAGCUGAUUCCUUCGAGUCACCCCUUACCCUUGCGGCCUGUGGAGGACACGUGGAGCUGGCGGCCUUGCUCAUAGAGAGAGGAGCCAACUUGGAGGAGGUCAAUGAUGAGGGCUACACCCCUCUGAUGGAAGCAGCUAGAGAAGGCCAUGAGGAGAUGGUAGCACUACUCCUUGCUCAAGGUGCUAACAUCAAUGCCCAGACAGAGGAGACACAGGAGACGGCUCUGACUCUAGCAUGCUGCGGGGGCUUCCUGGAAGUGGCAGACUUUCUCAUCAAGGCAGGCGCUGAUAUCGAGCUGGGAUGCUCUACACCUCUAAUGGAGGCUGCACAGGAGGGCCAUCUGGAGUUGGUCAAAUACCUACUGGCUGCAGGGGCAAAUGUUCAUGCCACCACGGCAACGGGAGACACUGCAUUGACGUAUGCAUGUGAAAAUGGACACACUGAUGUUGCGGAUGUGCUGCUGCAGGCUGGAGCCAACUUGGAACACGAGUCUGAAGGAGGGCGGACGCCCUUAAUGAAAGCAGCAAGGGCGGGACAUCUCUGUACUGUACAGUUUCUAAUCAGCAAAGGUGCUAAUGUGAACAGAGCUACUGCCAACAAUGAUCACACAGUGGUGUCUUUGGCCUGUGCCGGGGGACAUCUUGCUGUGGUGGAGCUGCUGCUGGCACACGGGGCUGAUCCCACACACAGACUCAAAGAUGGGUCCACCAUGUUGAUAGAAGCUGCUAAGGGGGGCCACACCAAUGUGGUUUCCUACCUGUUGGACUAUCCCAACAACAUCCUGUCUGUCCCAGCCCCUGACCUCUCCCAGCUCACACCCCCCUCGCAAGAUGCCUCUCAGGUUCCUCGUGUCCCAUUCCAAGCUCUCGCCAUGGUAGUGCCCCCUCAGGAGCCCGACCGAGCCCCAUCAAACAUCGCCACACCCCCACCCAUCUCCAGCAAAGGCGUGUCCAAACAAAGACAGGCAGCCCUUCAGCCCGGUGUCCCAAACUCAGUCGGUCGGGGGCCGGAAGCAGAGCCUCUGCCGCCCUUCCACUUGUGCCAGCCUCUAGAGUGCAUUGUGGAGGAGACGGAGGGAAAGCUGAACGAGCUGGGACAAAGAAUUAGCGCUAUCGAGAAGGCUCAGCUUCAGUCGCUAGAGCUCAUUCAGGGGGAGCCGCUCACCAAAGACAAGAUUGAGGAGCUAAAGAAGAGCCGAGAGGAGCAGGUGCAGAAGAAAAAGAAAAUCUUGAAGGAGCUGCAGAAAGUGGAGCGCCAGCUGCAGCUGAAAACACAGCAACAGUUCACCAAAGAGUACAUGGAGGCGAAGGGUUUAAAGGAGGAGCAGGAGGCCGGACAAAGCCAGGGUCCUGGUCCGGGUCCUGGAAGUACAGCAUGUGCUCCAGGACCCCUUCCUGCUGCACCAGGUGCCCUGGUACACACCGGCUCUGACACGGAUGAGGAGGCAAAUAAAGAUGGCGAGCUGGACGAGCAGCAGGGGGAGGACGGGGAUGAGGAAGAGGACGACGAUGAUGAUGAAGAGGAAGGUUCUGAGGAAGAGGUAGAUGGAGAGGAAGACAAUUACCCCAAGCUUCCUCAGGUUGGCACAAUCCUCUACAGAGAUCAGCCGCCACAGCAGCCUCCUCUGCCUCCUUCACCACAGGCACAACCCCAGCCUCCUCCCCCACCUCUUCAGGCUGCCUUCGUCCCCAUCCAGCCCCUUCCAGACUACAACCCCGCAGACUACCCAGGAAGCACCAGCCCGGAGCUGCAGAGGGUACUGGUAGGGCAGCAGAUGCUGGGCCAACAGCAGCAGGGUCAACAGCUAGCUGGUUUAGGCCCAGGAAUGAUACCUCAGCAGGCUCCAGAUGGGCUCAUGGUAGCUACACCCGCACAGACGCUCACAGACACGCUGGACGACAUCAUGGCAGCUGUGAGCAGCCGUGUACCCAUGCUGAACACUACAACCUCACCCACACCCCUCUCCCAGCCACCCACACAGAUGCCUGCAAACAUCGCCUCACCCCCUUCGGUUCUGCCCCUUUACCCCUCGGUCGACAUAGACGCACAUACGGAGAGUAACCAUGACACAGCGCUAACGCUGGCAUGUGCAGGAGGACACGAGGAGCUGGUGUCUGUCCUUAUUGCACGGGGAGCUAACAUUGAGCACCGGGACAAAAAAGGUUUUACACCUCUGAUCCUGGCUGCCACCGCUGGUCAUGUCGGAGUGGUAGAAGUUCUCCUGGACAAAGGGGGAGACAUUGAGGCUCAGUCAGAGAGAACCAAAGACACGCCCCUGUCCCUGGCCUGCUCUGGGGGACGCCAGGAGGUGGUUGAGCUGCUGCUGCUUCGGGGAGCCAACAAGGAACAUCGUAAUGUUUCCGACUAUACGCCUCUCAGCCUGGCUGCUUCUGGGGGUUACGUCAAUAUCAUCAAGAUACUCCUCAAUGCUGGAGCUGAAAUUAACUCCAGGACUGGCAGCAAGCUAGGAAUCUCUCCUCUGAUGCUAGCAGCUAUGAAUGGUCACGUACCUGCAGUGAAGCUAUUGCUUGAUAUGGGCUCCGACAUCAACGCUCAGAUUGAGACCAACAGAAACACAGCUCUGACCCUGGCCUGCUUCCAGGGGCGGGCUGAGGUUGUAAGUCUGCUGCUGGAUCGCAAAGCCAACGUUGAGCAUCGGGCUAAGACUGGACUCACUCCUCUGAUGGAGGCAGCUUCAGGAGGUUAUGCAGAAGUGGGCCGAGUGCUGCUGGACAAAGGCGCAGACGUCAACGCUCCCCCUGUUCCCUCAUCCCGAGACACUGCCCUCACCAUUGCUGCAGACAAGGGCCACUACAAGUUCUGUGAGCUGCUUAUCAACAGGGGUGCCCAUAUCGAUGUACGAAACAAGAAAGGGAACACUCCUCUCUGGCUUGCGGCUAAUGGUGGCCAUUUCGACGUGGUCCAGCUCUUGGUGCAUGCUAGUGCUGAUGUGGACGCAGCCGAUAAUCGCAAGAUCACCCCACUCAUGGCUGCUUUUCGCAAGGGUCAUGUGAAGGUGGUGCAGUAUCUUGUUAAGGAAGUCAACCAAUUCCCAUCAGACAUUGAGUGCAUGAGAUAUAUUGCUACCAUCGCUGACAAGGAGCUAUUGAAGAAGUGCCACCAGUGCAUGGAGACCAUCGUCAAAGCCAAAGACCAGCAGGCAGCCGAGGCUAACAAGAACGCUAGCAUACUUCUGAAGGAGCUAGACUUGGAGAAGUCUCGAGAGGAGAGCAAGAAGCAGGCUCUGGCUGCUAAACGUGAGAAGCGCAAGGAGAAACGCAAGAAGAAGAAGGAGGAGCAGAAGAGAAAGCAGGAAGAAGAAGAGGGACAAAAAACCAAGGAGGACCCCUCUGACAUGCUUGAGCAGAAGGAGGAUUCAGCAGAUGAAUCAGAGGUUCCUAUUGAGCCACCCAGUGCAACCACAACCACCACCAUCGGUAUAUCUGCCACCUCCACAACUUUCACUACAGCUUUUGGUAAAAAGCGAGCAGGUGUGGCCACUACCCCGAGCACCAAUCGCAAGAACAAAAAGAAUAAGACCAAGGACUCGCCCAAUGAACCCAUCAUAUUACAGGAUCCGCAGGUUGCACUAGCGCAGCACAAGGCUGACAAGAACAAGAUCCACGGUGAGCCACGGGGUGGAGGUGGGGGAGUGACAGGUGGCAACAGCGAUUCUGACCCCUUGGAUAGCACCGACUGUGCCAGUGAGAGCAGCAGCAGCGGGGGCAAGAGUCAGGAGCUCAACUACCUCCCUGACCUCACCUCUUCCGCCUCCUCCUCUUCUUCAUCCUCCUCCUCCUGCUCAGCCCCCUCCUCAGGAGCAGCCCAGUCCCUUUUACGCGGCCCAGAGAAGAGACACUGUCCUCAGCCGCAAACUGACGGCAAAGUAGACAACAAGGUCACAGUCUCCAUCUCCAAACCAAUGCAAAAAGCUUCGGACACAAGCGACUCCACCUCAAACUCCUUGCCCUCUCCAUUUAAGUCCAUGGCUCUGCCUGUCACCUCACCCAACAGUAAACUCAGUCUCACAAGCCCCAAGAGAGGCCAGAAGAGAGAAGAAGGUUGGAAGGAGGUGGUCAGAAGAUCAAAGAAGCUGUCGGUGCCGGCCUCUGUCGUGUCUCGGAUCAUGGGCCGAGGAGGCUGCAACAUCACAGCCAUCCAGGAUGUGACAGGAGCUCACAUUGACGUUGACAAACAGAAGGACAAGAAUGGGGAGAGGAUGAUCACCAUCAGAGGAGGCACAGAGUCUACAAGGUAUGCAGUGCAGCUGAUAAAUGCUCUCAUCCAGGACCCGGCCAAAGAGCUUGAAGAUCUGAUCCCAAGGAAUCACAUCAGAGCCCCAGGCUCCAAAACGACCUCAGCCUCCUUCCCCAGUACCACUGGGGUCACCAGUGGUUCAGCAACUGGGCCAAAGGCCUUGAGUUCGUUGGUCGCCUCCACAGGGGUCUCAUUCCAGCCGUCUUCAUCCUCAUCUUCAUCUAUCUCUCAGGCCGGGGGAAAGAUUGGGAAGGGGCUGUCAUCAAACGUCAGACAGCCUUUCCCUGUGUCACUGCCCCUUGCUUAUGCACACCCACAGCUGGCUCUUCUUGCUGCUCAGACCAUGCAUCAGAUCAGACACCCUCGUCUGCCCAUGGCACAGUUUGGAGGCACGUUCUCGCCCGCUGCCAGCACCUGGGGACCCUUCCCUGUGCGCCCUGUGAGUCCUGGCAGUGCUAAUAGCUCCCCCAAACACAACGGAGGCACCAACAGCACGCUUGGCCAGGCCAGACCCAACUCCAACCACAGUGAGCACAGCAACACAGCCAGCUCAGGAGCACAGGUUACCACCAUCAACACGACCACCACUAGUGCUCCUAACACAUCUACAGCUGCAUCCUCGCCUCAUACUCCCAACCCCACCCCAUACAACCCUCAGCCCAGCAUCCCCACCCCUUCCUCCGUCAGGAAACAGCUCUUUGCACCUGACCCCAAGCCUGGUGGUGCUACCCCUGUGUCAGCUAUUGCUACUUCUACCAGCGGCAGCAAUGCAGUACGAGGCACAGGUUCUCCUGCACAUCACAGCUCCACUACAACCACGGCAAACGCCCCUCAGCAGUCGGUUGGACCUAUCUCCCAGACCCUCAUCCAGUCUUCUAAAACGGAGCCCAGUAACGUCGCCCUCCCUGGAAAAGACAAGUCCUCUCUGUCUGUAGAGGCCCAGCCUAUAUCUGUCAGCGAGAGCAUCAACUCUGUUGGCUUCACUGCUCCCGCCAUGGCUUUACCCACCAAGCCAGAGCCUCGCCAGCAGUUACCGCCCCCUCCCUCCAGUGUCCCAUCGUCAGAUCCCCCACCAGCCCUCAUCAACCCCCAGCACAGCUCCCACCUCACCUCAGGCCCUCCUCCUCAGUCCCUUUCACACAAUGUUGCACAUCCCAACAACACUGUUCCUCACUUCUCAGCCCCCGCGCCCAGAGUCUCCCAUCGUAUGCAGCCACCAGGGCCUUAUUAUUCCCAUCCUGAGCAGCAGCAGCAGCAACAACAGCAGCAGCAGCAACAGGCACAACAGCAGCAACAACAACAAUCUGUGUUUGUGCCCUUCAACGCUCAGCAAGAACCCCCAAAACAGACCCAAAACCAGACCUCCCAGCCUACAAGUUUGCCUCCACAAGCCCAGAACCAAUCUCAAGGCCCCCACCAGGUCUCUGGUAACAUGGGGAUGAUGAACGGCUCCCAGAUGCAGCAUGUGGCAAAUGCAGGCAAGCCUCAGCAAAUACCACCAAACUUUGGACAUGCAGGCCUUUUCAACUUCAGCAGCAUCUUUGAUAACAACAGCCAGCAGGUUGGAAACAACCAGGUCUGGGGUGCCUGCCAUCUGCCUGCUCGAUCACCUCCUGAGCAGCCAUACUCAGCCCCUCAAGCCUACAUGAGCAUGGGCCAGAUGGAGAAUAUGAUGCCCCCACCUCCUCCAGACAGCUCCAAAGCCCCUGGCUACCGCCCAGCCUCACAGAGGAUGGUCAACAGUCCUAUCGCUUUGACCAGCUAUGCCACCAGCAUCUCUGGCAGCCCUGUGUAUCUGCAUGGUCAUACAGCAGUUGGCGCACCAUCAUUCAGCAGACAGCACUUUUCCCCUCACCCAUGGAGUGCAUCCACAUCAGGUGAAUCUCCUGUCCCUCCUCCCUCUACGGUGUCAACCUCUGCCCUCUCCACCUCAGCUGUGGCUCCUCCUCCCCAGCAGAAGCCUGGAAACUCCUCGCAACAGGACCGUAAAGUCCCUCCACCCAUCGGCACGGAGCGGCUGGCCAGGAUCAGGCAGACUGGUUCUGUUAACCCACCUCUGCUAACCACCAGCUACACAGCAUCUGUUGGACAAGGAGGCAUCUGGUCCUUUGGGGUCGGCAGUGCUUCAGCGUGUCUUGGUACAGAGGCUAUGUCCGGUUGGUCCCAGCCUCUGAUAAGCAGCCACAUGAUGCACCCUCAGCUGCAGGCAGAGCAGUCUGCUUUCUCUCAGCACCAGCCCAUGGAGCAGGACGACACAGGCAUCUCAAACCCAGCUAACAACUACCACCAGCCGCAGCAUCUGCCCAACAGUUACAUGGACUUCCCAAAGGGAAUGCCCAUGUCGAUGUAUGGAGGAACCAUGCUGCCCCCUCAUCCUCCCAUGGCAGAGGGGCCGGGGGGACCGAUGUACAACGGUUUGCACGCUGGUGACCCCGCAUGGAGCCCCAUCAUCAAAGUGGUCCCAAACAAUGCAGAUAAUUCUGACCCACAACAGCAGGUGUGGCCUGGUACCUGGGCGCCUCAUGUGGGCAAUGUGCACCUGAACCACGUCAACUAGAAAGCGUCCACAGCAAUCAAACCCACACAGCAUGACCCACAGCGCAAACAUGAAAUACCAACUGACGAACAUGACCGAAUAAGACAAACAAAAAAAAGAAAAGAAAAAUGUACAACAUGUUAACCUAAGUAGUGACCUGAGAGUGCAGAGCAGAAGUUGAAGAAUUGGAAGUUGUCUUGACGCCAUUCUUUGAUGUGCCUAUGUCAAACAAGGAAAGAGGAAUUUGGGGGAGAGCUGUUAUCAGUGUCCCGAUGAUGCAAACAAACAUGCGCGAUCACCUGUUUAACAGGAUCCAUUCUCUGCGUAGUUUAGCGAUUUUGACUUAAACCCACAUACACCGUUCUUGGGCUGCAGGGGGCUCAACAUGAAGUAGCUAUUUAAACUUGGCCCAGAACUAGAUGAUGAUUACCUAAAAAGAAAGAGAAAUCAGAACCUUUUAGAGUGGUAAAUACAUGUAUAAUUGUUUACAUACUAAAAAGGGUUAAAAUGAGAGUAAAUUUCAUGUCGUAUAGUGGCUCUACUUUAUGUAGCCUGUAUUAAUGUGAAAUAUUUACCUUAAUAUUCAAUAAAAAGAUUGAAAAGUA